CGGGAAGAACGAAGAUAUGUUGACUUAAACUUAGACUUAAAACUUAAUACGUUUCCUUCGCGCAUCCACUAUAACUACACCAUACAUGUAUGUACUACGCAUUGAUCUAUCAACUCUAGAGAUACUUAGGAUUCUCAUAUUAGCAUUACCUAGACGUCAAGACCUAUACAUACACUCAUCCCCUUUACUAGAAGUAGUAGCGAAUGGAACAGUGGGCUCCGCCUGGAUCACGGACAUCAAAUCUCACAGACUCACAUUACCUGGCUUCGCCCCGCGAGGCCAUAGCAGCACUAUCUCCAUAUGCACCCCAGCAGGCAGCCACUUCUACCUCAAUCACUCAACGAGGCUAGAAUAAACAUCCCUCUCUCCAUGUUCUGGCCUUCUUCGCGAGAACCCAUGCGGAAUCCGUCAGAACCCCAUCUUGGUGGAUACUAGGAUACCCCCGAAAGAAAAAUACCAUUCCUCGUGCCGUCUCUAGAUCCCUCAGCUGAGCGGGAUCUAUAUCGACCCGAUGUUCUGGUUCCUCUGCGGUUUGCCUACUACCACGGAGGAAAACUGAGUCCUUGGCAGUAUAAAAUUGUAUCACUUACUCUCCUAAGAUCUGAGGUUAUAUACCUCAGAGCAGCAUUUGACGGACACGUUGCGUUGGAGGUUUUACAUAUGGAUAUCUUCUCGCUUCUCUGGCGCCUCGAACGGAGAGCUCUUUACGAUCCGAGAUGCUUGGAGUGUCUAUAUCACCGGGAGUGGACAUUUAUAGAUCCAAAAGAUCAAGCAAUGACCACGUACGAGCCAAUAGGCUUCGCAACUGCGUGCGCAGCGUACAAAAAGCGCACCCGGAACGGAGAUCUACACGACAGUUUCGCAUAUGAAUCGCCAAGAGCGGACGACGUCAAAAUAAAUGAUGCCAACUUGGACGAAAAAAUAAAGAGCUUUCUCGACGGGCUACAUAUGGCAAGCGUAGACCCAGAGGAGGUAAAUGGAACACGGGUAGACGAGACCGGAGAGUCGUCAAGGAGACGGAAUUCGACAUGACACCACGUGCAUCCGGUUCGUGAAAGAGGAGCCGAGAAAGUACGGUCUUUUUAGCAGCUUGAAAUUUAAUAUUCAGCGUCAUGGCCCUAAGAGGUAUUAAAAACUUAGAACAACCUUGUGUAGAGCCACUUACUGUUGAAAUAUCGAUUAUGGAAAGGGUUUAAGAUUAAUCCGAGCAGCGUUGACAAAAUAGACUUAGAU